CAGGCGCUCUCUCUCUCUCUCUCACUCUUGGUGAAACAAUGGCGGGAAAUCAAAUCGCCGGCGAUGUCCUACCGGCGGAUAUAGCCGGAAUGUCGAAGAACCAGCUCUACGAAAUCAUGUCUAAAAUGAAGAAUUUGAUAGAACAGAACCAGCAGCAAGCGAGGCAGAUCCUCAUCCAGAAUCCGCUUCUCACCAAAGCGCUUUUCCAGGCGCAAAUUAUGCUUGGGAUGGUCCGGCCACCUCAAUCGAUUCCCAAUAUUCAGCCAGUGAGGUCGCAGAAUUCUCAGCAGUCAGUACUACCAAAUCAGCAGUCUAACACUCAGGCUGCUCCCUCAUUGCCGGGACUUGGUGUUCAGGACCAACCAGGUCCAUCCCAGAUCCAAGCUCCUGCAAGAACGCAAUACCAGAACCACUCUACAAUGCCUAGCUCGUCAACUGCUCCUCCUGCAUUUAAUCUUCAGUCUCAGCCUAUGCCUUCAUAUCCCCUGCAGACACAGCAGCAGCAUAAGGGGCAUAUGAAUCCGCAAAUGGCCCUGGCAUCUCUUCCACAGUCUUCGCAACUUUCUAAUCCUCCAACACAUCCUCAUCAUUCUUCACAGCCGUCUCAACUUCAUCAACCCCAAAUGGCUUCUUACAAUCAGUUGCAACAACCGAUACAGACGGGUGGAGGUCAUCAUAUGCCACUGCAACCACCAUUGCCACCACAACCAAGACCUUCAAUGCCUAACUUUCACCAUCAGUAUUCCCCACAAAUGGCAACCAAUUCGGGUUUCCAACAUCCUUCACAAUCCAUGUUUCAUUCGGGUGCAAAACCCCCCACUACUGUUGGGCCUUCAUUUCCUCUGGGACAGCCACCACUUCCAAAUCACCUACCACCUCAAUCCAUGUAUCAGGGUGGAGGUAUGCAUAUGGGUUCAGAUUAUAGCAAUCAGGUUGGAACUUCUAUGCAAACAGAUAGAGGAUCUUGGAUGUCUGGCCAGCCAGAAAGUUCGUCAGUGCCACAGCUUCCAGGACCACCUUCAUUAGUUCCUGGUCAAAUGCUUGGCAGCCAGCCUGCUCGCAGUGCAGGGUUGAGCCCUGAGGAGGAGAAGGCACUGCUUCAACAAGUGAUGAUUCUUACCCCAGAACAAAUUAAUCUCCUGCCUCCGGAACAGAAAAAACAAGUGCUACAGCUACAGCAGAUUAUGCGCCAAUAAUCUGAUGAAAUCUUCUAUUUCCAGUAAGAAAGAAGGCCUUGAGCUUCAAUAUUCACUUUCCGGCCAGAGACUUCAGUGUUUUAUCCAUGGUGGACUGAAACCCUCAAGCAUAUAUCCGUCAUUGCAAAAGGAAGAUGUCAUCUGUCUGAUCAUGUAGUGUUGUUACUACCUCAAUUGGCCAUUGUACGCAUAAGUUUAUGCAAGAGUCAUUCAAGACAAUUUGGAAACAAUUUAUAAGUUGUAGCUUAUGAAAAUAUGAUGGCAUCACCUUGCCAAAGUUAGGACUU